AUGGCCGCCGUCAGCGAUGUCUCGUUGAUUGGUCGCCGGACAACGCUGAAAGACAACGAGGUUCCUUCUCUUGCCGGCGGAAGUCAGCAGGUUCGCCUACUACGGGAGGCAUUGCAUGAAUACAAAAACGAUGAUAACUUAAUUGUGCUAUUCUUCGACAGUUACGACGUCAUCGUGAACGCGGAUGCGGAAGAGAUUUUAAAUCGGUUUUACAAGCAUGAAGCAAAGGUGUUGUUUUCGGCCGACGGGAAUUGUUGGCCAGAUUCGACCCUAGCGAUGAAAUAUCCCAUUGUCAAGUUUGGCAAACGCUACUUAAAUUCUGGUGCGUUUGUUGGCUACGCGCCGGAAGUGUACAAAAUGAUCACACAUCAGCCGAUUGAUGACGGAGAAAAUGACCAGUUGUUCUACACAAUGUUGUAUCUGGACGACCAUCUAAGGGAGGAGUUGAAUAUCAAGUUGGACAGCACUUCCGAAAUCUUCCAAAAUCUGAAAGGCGCAGUUGAGGAUGUCAGCAUCGAUCUUUCUUUGCCAGACAAAGGCCCACAGCUCGCAAACAACGCCUAUGGAACAUUGCCAGUUAUCGUGCAUGCUGCUGGAAGUAGCAGAAUUCACCUGAAUAACUUUGGCAAUUAUCUUGCAAACUGGUGGAAUCCGAAGGAUGGUUGCGUUGCUUGCCACGAAAACACUAUAUUGCUCGAACAAGAAGAUCAACAGAAAUGGCCUACCGUGCAGUUAUCAAUAUUCUUCGUCAGAGCUGCUCCGUUUAUUGAAUUUUUCUUCGAAUAUUUGAUGAAGCUUAACUAUCCGAAAUCUCGAAUAUCUCUGUUUAUUUAUAAUAAGAAAAGAUGCGAUUACCUAUUUUCGGUCGAUUCUGAAGUUCAUCUCGAUAAUCCGGAGACGCUACAUCUGCUCAUUGAGGCAAACAGCAAUAAUCUGACUAGGUCUUUCAUCGCACCGUUAGUGGUUCGUCUUGGUAAACUAUGGUCAAAUUUCUGGGGUGCAGUUACUCAGGAUGGUUUCUAUGCUCGCUCUUUCGACUACACCGCGAUCCUAAAUGAGCGCAGAGGGUUAUGGAACGUUCCGUAUGUCACAAACAUAUAUCUGAUCAAAAGCAGUCGCUUGGCUGAACUUAAAGAUGCUUAUUCAUAUGCAGUGGCACAGGACGCUGACAUGAGCUUCUGUCAGUUCUGUCGUGACAGCGGCUACUUUAUGUUUGUCGACAGCCAGCACUAUUAUGGCCAUCUUUUGGACCCUGAGGAUUUCGAUACAUCAGUUAUUCAUCCUGAUCUAUACAAUAUUUUUCAAAAUAAAUUCGAUUGGGAACGGAAAUACUUGCAUGAAAACUAUUCGAACGUUUUGAAACCUCACUAUAACUUCACGUUACCAUGUCCUGAUGUUUACUGGUUUCCAUUGUUUUCUCGAGAGUUCUGCAGGCACUUAAUUGAUAUCAUGGAGAAUUUCGGAAAGUGGUCUGGCGGAAAGAAUCAAGAUGAACGUUUAGCAGGAGGAUAUGAAAAUGUUCCAACGCGCGACAUCCAUCUGAACCAAGUGGGUUUUGAAAGGCAGUGGCUUUAUAUCUUGGAUACUUACGUUCGGCCAGUGCAGGAAUUGGUCUACCUUGGUUACAGCAAGCAGCCCCCAAGAGCAAUCAUGAAUUUUGUCGUGCGGUAUCAUCCAGACGAGCAGGCCUCUCUCAGACCUCAUCAUGACGCUUCCACUUAUACCACGUCGACUGCUCUGAAUCAAGUUGGCAGUGACUAUGAAGGUGGCGGAGUUCGCUACGUCCGGUACAACUGCUCCAUUGUUGAUAUAGAACCGGGUUGGACGGUUCUGCAGCCCGGCAGGCUUACACACUAUCACGAAGGCUUGCCGACGAAGAAGGGUAUCCGCUAUAUACUGGUCUCUUUUGUUGAUCCUUAA